GCGGGGAGACUUUUUCGGAUCCGUCCGGCAUGAUCAGUCUAAAUCGAGCAGUGAUCGGAGAAGCAUGGCGAGAUCAGGGCGCAGUUCGAGGUUUCUUAUCGGCAGCACUUGCUGGUCGGUGGUUACAGGUCUUAUCUGCCUGGCUCUGGCGGACUCAGUCCGAGUCCCAGAACGCAGCCCUACGAUCCUGACGGAAAACACAAUUCAGGCGGUGGAGAGGCUCUUCAAUCAGGUGCUCUACGCGACCAUCGAAGAUGCCCGCCAAAGACUUCCUGGUCUUCCAGCCAACGAAUCCAUCGAUCGGCAGUACUUCGAGGAGCUCGACCUGGUUGCUGGGAACGAGGACUACUACAGCACUGCUUUCUAUAUCUUCGCCUGGAUAAACAGCGACCUCAUGUACCACAACACUCCUAAUAAAUUGCUUAUUGAGGUUUUGCCCGGCGAGAAGAUCGCCAUCCGCAGAUUCUUCGCCAAGGUAAAGCCGCAUCUCACUAAGUAUCUGCGACUUAGUCGGCAGGACAGGGGUGAAUUGGCUUCCAAUAUCACCCAAUUGGCCACCGAAACUAACGACAGUCUGAUCACAACCUUCUUGGAGUUUCCCCAAAAUCUAAAGGGCCAACUUCCUGAGCUCCAGCUAAUGGACUACACCAAACUGGCUCAGGCAUUAGUGCAGGGGGUGGCCAGGGGUAUUUGGAUGAAAGCUGAAUAGCAAAAUAUUUAAGCAACAUUAUUGAAUUAGGAAAUGUUUGUAAUAAAAUGAGGCAUUGACUAUAAAAUAUAUGUACUCCAAAGAGAAA